AUGAAGUUGAGCAGCCGCGGCCGGGGAUGCUGCGCGGGCGGCAGCCGGGAGCGCGGGCCGCCGCCGCGGAGCCCCUUCGUGCACCAGCUGCGCUUCAGCCCCCUGCAGAAAGCCAAGAUUGCCUUCAUGACCUUGACUCUGUUUCCUAUCCGACUCUUUUUUGCUGCUUUUAUGAUGUUGCUGGCCUGGCCUUUUGCGUUCAUCGCUUCAAUGGGAUCUGAUGAGCAAGAGCUUGAAAAGCCCCUCUCCUGGUGGCGAAAGAUAGUGGAUAUUUUGCUGAAGGCAAUAAUGAGAAUGAUGUGGCUUGCUGGUGGAUUCCACUGGAUAAAUGUAAAAGGCAGACGGGCAUUGCCAGCAGAAGCAGCAAUAUUAACGGUGGCUCCCCACUCUUCCUACUUCGAUGCCAUUCCAGUGACCAUGACCUUCGCCUCCAUUGUGAUGAAGGCAGAAAGCAAAGAUAUCCCUGUUUGGGGAACUCUGAUCAAAUAUAUCCGACCAGUAUUUGUGUCUCGAUCAGACCAGGAUUCUCGCAGGAAAACUGUUGAAGAGAUAAAGAGGCGUGCCCAGUCUGAUGGUAAAUGGCCACAGAUAAUGAUAUUCCCAGAGGGCACUUGCACAAACCGUUCCUGUCUAAUUACAUUCAAACCUGGAGCGUUUAUUCCUGGGGUUCCUGUGCAGCCAGUGGUUUUACGUUAUCCAAACAAACUGGACACAAUCACAUGGACAUGGCAGGGGCCAGGAGCGUUUGAAAUUCUGUGGCUUACUUUAUGUCAAUUUCACAAUUCUGUGGAAAUCGAGUUUCUACCCGUGUACAUUCCUUCAGAAGAAGAAAGAAAAAACCCAGUGUUAUAUGCCAAUAACGUCAGGCGUGUAAUGGCAGAGGCAUUGGGAGUUCCAGUGACAGACUACACGUUUGAAGACUGUCAGCUGGCUUUGGCUGAGGGACAGCUUCGUCUACCUUCAGAUACAUGUCUUUUAGAAUUUGCAAAGCUUGUGAGAAGCCUUGGGCUGAAGCCAGAAACACUUGAAGAUGAUCUUGAUAAAUAUGCUGCCAGUGCCAUGAAAAUGAAGAAUGAAAAAGUUGAUCUCAAAGAAUUUUCAGCCUACUUGGAAUUUCCAGUUUCUCAGACAUUGGAAAGUAUGUUUGCACUUUUUGAUGAGAAUGAAAAUGGUGUAAUUGACAUUCGGGAAUUUGUCAUUGCUCUGUCAGUUGUCUGUAAGCCAUCCAAAACUCUGGAAACAAUUCAGCUGGCAUUUCAGCUGUACCAGUCAGAAGGUGGAACUGUAACAGAAGAGGAUUUAGCUCAUAUCCUGAAGACUGCCAUGGGUGUGUCACAAAUUGAUGUUACACAUCUUUUUAGAGCUGUAGAUGAAGAGGAAAAAGGAAAGAUUACAUAUGAUGACUUCUACACAUUUGCUGUGUUGCACCCACACUUUGCAGAGGAAUAUCUCUAUGCUGAUCAGAUGGGAGCUGAGAGCGGCUUGAAGACUUCAUCUCUUUCUGCUCCUAAUGGUAUCUGUACUGACUUCAGCCCUGACAGCGCUGGAGAUAGAAGGAGGCCCUUGCAGAAGAAACUGAAUUAACACUACAACUCUUACCUUCCUCUCCUGGUGAGAGGGUUGUAUUUUCUUGGGAUUUUCAUAAGUCACUCCAAUUAUACAGCAAAUACCAGUUUUGUGUGUGAAAGUUCUACCUGAAUACCAUCCUUUGAAUCAUAUGUGUUAUGUUUAACAACAUGUUCCAGGUUACUUUGGGAAAGGUGUUUUUUAUUUUUUUUUUAAAGGUCUUUGAAAGGCAAAAAUGUGAAUGUGCUUCAUUAUUAAUGUUCAUAUUUAAAAGGAAGCGGCACAACUUAUUUAUAUUCCAUUGGCUAGUUCCAUGUACCGAGUGUCGCACAAACUGUGCAUGUAUAAAGAAAAUGUAGCUACUAUGGUGUAAAGUGCACUUUGGUGAUUAGUGUUUUCCCUAGUUAUGGGGAUGUUUAUUUGGGGCCAAACUUUGCUGUCCAUAUCUGAAUAGUCAGUCUUGUUGAUUUUGGUGGGAAUUAUUCUCCUGAGUAAGGCAAGCAUACUUUGGCCCUUUGUUUUGGUUUCAGUGAACAGUUUGGAAACAGUAAUACAAAAACUUGCUAAGGAUUCCUUUUUUAUUUUUAUUGCUGAAUGACAAAAUUGUUUCUCUUUCCAUGGUAGAAUGAAAAGGAGAGGCUCCUUAUCCCUCACCCCAGCACUUUUCUACUGUAAUCUUCCGGAUGCAAUUAAACAUGAAUUCUUUCCAAACUGACAUGCCACAUACUGUUUGAAAAUACAUAACUGAACUGUUUGUGCUUUUCUCUCAUAACCAAUCCAAAUCACAUCCACACAGCAUUUUAUGGGAGAUGCAUACAGAGCUAUAUUUUAUUGAGAUUUAUCAGGAAUCACAGGUUUCUUUUGUAGCAAGCCUAUACAGAUAACAUAGCAUGGAGUACAUCAUGGAAACUUUGGUGUAUCAGCACAAGUUGGAAAAGGUUGCAGUAACUUCAGAGACCAAGCCAGCAGCAAGUUGCAGAACAUCCUGAAGAAGUGCUAGUUAAAUCUCUAUAGCAACAUUACAUAUAUUUCAUAGAAUGUAUGUGAAGCUUAGAAUAGUUUAGAACUGUUUAAAACAACCACCACACUUGUAUUAGUAAUACAUAUGUUUCCUUUUGUAAAGCCAGAUGCCUUAACUGCUACUGGAGGUCUCAGAGAAAAAUCUAGAUUAUUAUAAAACCACAAAGCUUCAUUGAUUAGGAAAUGUGACUGAAGGCUCAAGGAGUAAGAGGAGGGAGGACUCUGGCACAAAAUAACUGUGAUGGCAACUCUGCUUCCAAACAAAAAAAUCUUUUAAGUCAUUUCUGACCAGUUUUGUAGGGUUUUGUGCAUGGAAAACUAUUGAGACUAGAGUCUUCCACGAAGGAAUUUAAAACUAGAUGUGAAAUGGAAGAAUUUUAGCAAAGGAUGUCUGUUCGUACCAAAUGCUUUUAUAGCUAUUUUUUAAAUAGCAGGUGUUUUAAAGCUCAUUAGGGUAUUGGAAUGUGUCCUUAGAAAUCCUCCACUGUAUGUGGCAGGUCUCCAAACUGGAACUGGCUUUAAUGAAGAGGGUAAAAGGAAAAAAAAUUGAAGAAAAUAUGCUUUAUGGGGGUAUGUGGAGGUAAUAAUUAAAUUUUUGAUUUAUCCAGGUAGCAAAAGCCAAGCUCACAGGGCAGCAACAGACUCACUGGCAAGAUUUGAAUUAAAAUUCAUCAUGAAAAAUAGGAGAAAUUGAUUGGAAAAAAUAAGGUGUAUGAGAAACUACACUUAAGUAGGAAUAGUCAGCUGCACAGAGGAGGAGUGAGUAUUACUGUGCUAUAUCUGGAGGCAAGGAUGGCACAGAAUAUGUCAAACUUAGCACUGUUAACUCUUUGCUGCAGAAAAGAUGCUCGUGAUGGAGGGGUGCAUCAGCAUAUGG